UGAAGGAAAACCCCAGAUCACACGGAUACUAGUGGUGGAGGCUCGUUUGAGGCAGGAGCGUCAACCUAUUUUUACAGUCCGCAGGGAUCAUCUGCAAGAUUUAGCAGCGGGACGAUUUUUUUGUUGAUGGUUGGUGACCAGAACAUAAUUUGUAGACUGCAAAUUGACUGCAAGAAGCCAAAGCAGAUAUCAUAUUUGACAACAAAAAAAUGGAAUCAUUUCAAACCUUGCUUACAUUUAUUUGAGAUCAAGCGUCUUUAUUAUGUGUGGUAAUUUGGGAACAGAAUUUCAAAAUUAAAAUCACUUGAAGCUGAUUUCCUGGUGUUUAUAAUAUUGUAUGUCCAACAAUUAGAACAAAUAAUAAUAGUAUAACAUUUGUAACAGAAAUAAUAUAAUAUAAAUCGGGCCGCGGGCCGCUAUUUGGGGAACCUUGGACUAGUAGAAGGCAAGUGAUGGAGAGAAGGCCAGCCUCAGUUGGACCGAUUGCGUUAGCUACCCACUCUGAGCCCAUAUGUAUGUGUAUUGAUUCAUUUGCAGACGUAAAAUUUUAAGUCCGUUAUAUUCUUACUGACAGAAACAGUGUGGUUUCGCGUUAGCUAAUUUCCGUGAUGGAUGCGCGAAUAUCAGGCGGGACUGGCGUUGGUACAGUCGCUAACGUUAGAUCAAAUUUGCCUAACGUUAGAUCAAAUUUGCAAGGACCCAGUUCAGGUCAUGGGAGAAGGAUGACGUCCAAAAAAACGCGUUCAAAAAAAGGGAAGAGAAGAAAGAGACGGAGGAAUAAAAAGACAAAGACCAACAAAACCCCACCGUAUUUACCACCGGAGGCUGAAGAGGGAAACAUUGAAUAUAAGCUGAAGCUGGUGAACCCCACACAAUACCGCUUUGAGCACCUGGCCACCCAGUUAAAAUGGCGUCUUCAAGAGGGACGGGGCGAGGCGGUGUAUCAGAUUGGGGUGGAAGACAAUGGCCUGCUUGUCGGACUGUCAGAGGGAGACAUGAGAGCCUCGCUGAAGACCCUACGGAGGAUGGCAGAGAAGGUUGGUGCUGACAUCACACUUCUACGAGAAAGAGAGGUGGAUUAUGACUCGGACAGAAACUGCCGGAAAAUCGCAGAGGUUCUUGUCCGAAAAGUUCCAGACGACCAACAGUUCUUGGACCUGCGUGUGGCGGUACUGGGAAACGUGGACUCAGGGAAGUCCACACUGUUGGGCGUGCUGACGCAAGGCGAGCUGGACAACGGGCGAGGCCGGGCACGCCUCAACCUCUUCAGGCACCUUCAUGAGAUCCAAACGGGCAGGACAUCAAGCAUCAGCUUUGAGAUUUUGGGCUUCAAUAGCAAAGGGGAGGUGGUGAACUACAGUGACUCCCGUACAGCCGAGGAGAUUUGCGAGAGCUCUUCUAAGAUGAUCACCUUCAUUGACCUGGCCGGCCACCACAAGUACCUGAAAACCACCAUCUUUGGCCUCACCAGCUACUGCCCAGACUUCGCCAUGCUGGUGGUCAGCGCCAACACAGGCAUAGCUGGCACCACCCGGGAGCACCUGGGCCUGGCCAUGGCACUAAAGGUACCCAUCUUUAUCGUGGUCAGCAAGGUGGACCUGUGCGCCAAGGGCACGGUGGAGCGCACAGUACGCCAGCUGGAGCAUGUCCUCAAGCUGCCUGGCUGUAACAAAGUGCCGAUGGUGGUGGCUAGCCCGGAUGACGCCGUCACAGCCGCCCAGCAGUUCGCUCAAUCCUCCAGCAUCACACCCAUCUUCACCCUGUCCAGCGUGUCUGGAGAGAGUCUGGACCUGCUUAAGGUCUUCUUCAACAUCCUGCCUCCUCUCAGCAACAGCAAGGAGCAAGAGGAGCUCAUGCAGCAACUCACUGAGUUCCAGGUAGAUGAGAUAUAUACCGUGCCAGAUGUGGGGACAGUGGUGGGAGGAACUCUCUACAGUGGGGUGUGUCGCGAGGGGGAGAGGCUGGUGGUUGGCCCGACGGACGAGGGCCGUUUCCUGAGGCUGAAGGUGGGCAGCAUCCAUAGGAACCGCUCGGCCUGCAGGGUGCUGAGAGCCGGCCAAGCCGCCACACUGGCCCUCGGCAACUUUGACCGAUCGCUGCUCCGCAAGGGUAUGGUUAUGGUCAGCCCGAAGAUGAACCCCACCAUCUGCUGGCAGUUUGAGGCGGCCAUCGUCCUUCUCUUCCACGCCAAAACAUUCCGUCGGGGCUUCCAAGUGACCGUGCACGUGGGGAACGUAAGACAGACGGCCACCGUGGAGUGCCUGCAUGGAAAGGAGGAGUUGCGCACAGGAGAGCGGGCCGUGGUCUGCUUCCGCUUCAUCAAACACCCAGAAUACCUCCGCAUGGGCGCCAAGCUGCUCUUCAGGGAGGGCGUGACCAAGGGCAUCGGCCACGUCACCAGCCUCCUGCCCAACUCGCAUGACCAAAACCAGAUCCACGACCAGAACCAGAGGGAGAUAGAGAAAUAGAGAGGAGGAGAAAGGAGGGAAGGAGAGGAAAUUAUAAGCUCUCCUGAACAUGCCGCCCCCCCCCCUCUUUCUGAGUAAGUUUGUGCGAACUGCCGGCACCGGACGUCAUCCCAGUAGAUUGUGUGGUUCAAUACCACACACUGGUAUUUUAAUCACCAUUUGUUUGUAUCUAAGUGUGUCUGUACUGUACUUUCCUCAUCUGUCCCUCGUGCCAUGUAGAGAUGUGAAGCCCGAUUGAAAACCUUGAUCCUUCUCAGUGGUGGAUUCUGGGGAGACGCUUUGACGAGGGUGGGUUUGGGCAAAGGUCAGCGUCUUUAGUCGAAAGCUGGGUGACCUCUUCGAAGGCAGGCUAAGCUUUCAUCUAAUCUGCUGUGGAUUGCUUGAAGGAACCAUUCCCAUCCCUCUCUGGCUCCAAACACCAGAGGGUAAUUUCAUAAAACAGAUACAAUAGAUCAAAUGCAUGCUCUCCCUGUUUUACUUGGACUGGACGAUGUGGAACAUACUCAGCAUACCCAUCCUUUGGAGGUUUAAAGGGAUAGUUGGCUUUAAAAAAAAAGUUUUAGCUCAUUGUCGACUUACCUAAGGCAGGGUUCCCCAAACUCUGUCCUGCCCCUCCGCCCGGGUGCACGCUUUUUUGCCCUAGCAAUACACAGCUGAUUCAAUUAAACAACUCAUCAUCAAGCUUUGAUUAUUUUAAUCAACUGUGUGGUGUUAGAGCAAAAAACAAAGCGUACACCUGUGGGGGGAGUUUGGGAAACCCUGACCUAAGGGGUUGUCGUUUUUAAGUUUGUUAUUUAGCAAUGUGCAGAAUGGCUAGCAUUUUUGGAGCAUGUAGCGAUGCUAGUGUAAAUAGGUUGUAUCAGUUAGCAUUGCUUUCAAAAGCAUGUGGAAUGCAGGAAAGUCGACCAGUGGUGAUCCUGUCUUCAAAAGGAAGAGCUCUUCUACCAUGCUUUUGAAUGAGUUUCCUUCCAUACUUUUUCUAAAAUAUUGUGGUUUACUCUCUGCACUUCAUUCGUCUUGAUUAGUAUUAAGGAAAAGUAGACUACGUGCUGCCCAUUUUGGUGACGCAAAUAAGUGGCGACCGUAAAUGCUGCCAUGCUAAUUUUCUAAAUGUUAAAUUCAACUAAGUCUGUAGGGCAGCAAAAAUGUGUGAGGGUUGAGAAUGAGCAGAGUCGAGAUGCUUGGCGUAGUCAAGUGAAUGUUGCAUUGCAAGUAUCAAGUGAUGUUUUCCAUAGUAGAGACGCCGCUUUUGUUACCCUGUUAUGUCAACCCAUUGAACCCAAUGCUGUCUAUGUCAUAGCUUCAGGCUUGUCUGUGUACAAGGCAGCUAUGUGCAGCUAGAUACCCAUGUGGAGUCUGCAUGCUUAAUAGGGACUUGUGAAAAUCUAAAAAUCAGACUAAAUGGACUCCUAAAUGACAAAUAUUUAUUGAACUCUAGACUUUAUCCCUCACCCUUUACGAGGUUGUGUGCAAUUAUAACUAAAGCAUUGAAUGUAAUGUACAUCCACUUCUAAAUACCAUUUUGAAGCACAAACAUUUGUGUGAGAGUUGUCGAUUUUGCACUUUGUAUUUUUGGAAUAGCUUCUGCAUGUUUGAGUCCGCCAGAGGUUCCCGGACUACGUCCCGUAGAGCUGUAAGGUGCUCUGUAGUGAAACACGGGACUCAAUUUAUCAUGGUGUUGAUUCAUAUUGAGGUCUCUGUGACCACUGAUGUUUGCGGUCAUAAGUAUACAGAAAGCAGAGCGCUUUUCUUUUAGAUGAUAUAAUAUUACAGGUAUUAGCUUCUUUGGUUGAGACACGUGGCAAGUUUGCAGUAUGUGUAUGCAUUGCAUCAAGGUUGUGUAAAUACUAUUAAACAUGUUUUAUCGUGACACCUUUCCCCAUAAAAAAAACGUCAAAAGACAAGUAUUUUUGCAUAUUUUUAUUGACUUUAAAAGCUGAACUUAUUUGGCUUGAUGGUCAACACAGGUUGUUCACAGAACACAUUUAAUGUGCAUUUUGCAGCUUAGCUAAAAGCAACGUUUUGAAAUGUCACUGGUUUAAAUGACUCAAUUCCAUUAAUAAAAUGUGUUUACACUUUUAUAAAUGACUUUCAUGAAUAAGCUAAAGAUGUAUAAAUAGUUAAAGGGUCUACAUACUAUUAAUAUGACUAUUUACAUUAAUUAUUAGGCAUUUAUAAAGGAUUGUAAUGGCUUAAUCAUGAAAGUUAUAACGUGUAACCAAAAGAAUGCUGGUCAUAUUCUGUCUGGUCCACGUGCAGGGCGGCCCAACCCUGUUUCUGGAGAGCUACCCUCAUGCAUGUUUGUUUUCGCGCCAACCGCAGUUGUAACUAACCAGCUUAUCAACCACCUAAUUGGAAUAAAUAGGAUGGGCUAGAUUAUGGUUGGAUCGAAAACAUACAGGACAGUACCUCUCCGGGAAUAACAUUGAGCAGCCCUUUAAGAUAUGAACAAUUGGAUAAGGAGAUGAUGUUGAGCAAAGGCCCUUGAAGCUUGUGCUUUUCAACAUUCAUUACUAGCACAGCAUGCCAGGCUACAUACAGUACUUACACAAAAUGUUCGACAAAAAUAUUGAAAAAUAGACAUUCAUAGGAAAACAAAGUAACUCCACCACAACAUUAGAGAGCUUCAAAUCCAGGUGGGACUACAGUGCCUUUAGAAAGUGAUCACACCCCUUGACUUUUUCCACAUUGUUGUGUUACAACUUGAAUUUCAAAUGGAUUAAACAGAUUCUGUGUCGCACACACGUCAAAGUGGAUAUUAUUAUUUUAAUUACAAAUUAAAUACAAAUGAAAAGCUUCAGCUUUUGAGUCAAUAAGUAUUCAACCCCUUUGUUUGGGCAAGCCUAAAUAAGUAGAUUUUUUUGUGGCAAAGAAAUUAACUUUAUGUACUGAAUACAAAUCGUUAGGUUUGGAAAAAAUCCAACACUUCACUGAAUGCGACU